GUCUUCUCGGCCCACCAGCCCGUGCCUCCUGGUGACAGACCAUGUCGGCGGCGGGAGCGGGAGCGGGCGCGGAGGCGGGCUUCUCGAGCGAGGAGCUGCUGUCGCUCCGCUUCCCGCUGCACCGCGCCUGCCGCGACGGGGACCUGACCGCGCUCUGCUCGCUGCUGCAGCAGACGCCGCGCGCCCACCUGGCCGCCGAGGACUCCUUCUACGGCUGGACGCCCGUGCAUUGGGCCGCGCACUUCGGCAAGUUGGAGUGCUUAAUACAGUUGGUGCAAGCUGGAGCCACACUCGAUGUCUCCACCACGCGUUAUGCACAGACCCCAGCCCACAUCGCUGCUUUUGGGGGACACCCUCAGUGCCUCAUCUGGUUGAUUCAAGCAGGAGCCAGCAUUAACAAGCCGGACUGUGAGGGCGAGACUCCCAUUCACAAGGCUGCUCGCUCUGGGAGCCUUGACUGCAUCACUGCCCUGGUGGCUAACGGGGCUCACAUCGACCUGAGAAAUGCCAGUGGCCUGACAGCAGCAGACAUUGCUCAAACCCAGGGUUUCCAAGAAUGUACCCAGUUUCUCUUGAACCUCCAGAAUUGUCACCUGAACCGUUUUUAUAAUAACGGCUCCUUAAAUGGGGGCCAUCAGAAUAUAUUUCCUAAUCAUGUUAGUAUGGGAACAAAUCGCAAGAGAUGCUUGGAAGAUUCGGAACCCUUUGGAGGAAAGAAAGCUAGAACCGAAGCUCAAAGCUCGGAUGACUCCAUGCCACUAGUGAACGGCGAGACGGAAGACGAUGCUGACAAAAUGCACGUCGAUAGAGAGUUUGCUGUUGUAACAGAUAUGAAUAACAGUAGCUCCGUAUCGAAUACUUUGACAAACGGAUGUGUCAUCAAUGGACAUUUGGACUUCCCCUCCACGGCACAGCUCAAUGGGACGGAAAGCAGGAAUGACCAGUGCUUAGCAGGAUCUAAUGGAAUUAGCAAUGGAUUAGUUCCGGGCCGGCCGUUUGCAAGUGGCCAGGGUUCUCUCUGUGUUAAUGGGACUGAGGAGCCAGACAAGGCCAUGAGUGUUAACCCUGAGAUGUGUGGCUCUCUGCACCUGAAUGGGAGCCCCAGUAGCUGCAUAGCUAGUAGACCUUCCUGGGUGGAGGACGUAGGGGAGAAUCUGCACUAUGGACAUUACCACGGGUUUGGGGACACUGCUGAGAGCAUCCCUGAGCUGAACAGUGUACUAGAGCAUUCCAGUUCGGUGAAGGUGGAAGAGAGGUACAACAGUGCCGUCCUCGGCGCCAUGCACCUGCACCACGGCUCUUAGAGACGAGCGGCCGGCCUCUGUCUGGACGCCUUAAUCCCUCUCAGUAACCAACUCAGAAUACUAAUGUAGCACCAACUUGGAGGAAUGCCACGACUUGUUCUAUUUUUUUAUACUUUAACUUUCUGAAAAAGUAAACUUGUAUUUGACGAGUUCCUCGUGAGUCCUAGUGUGUGCACGGCUCGGGCUUAUUUAGUGCACAGGUGUUUCUUCCGUGGGACAUUGGGCCUCUCACGUGAUGCACUUUCGGAAUUUAAUUUUUCUGCUGCCGGUCUCAAUAUUUCCUUUUACAUACUGUCCCCCAAAAUUGCCGUUUUUCCUUUUGUCAAAUUAGAUCUGAUCGAGAUGAAUUGGAGGCAGUGAAUGAUGUGCCUGGUGGUUUAACUCUUUGCUCAUGGGCAUCGUUUUGAAAAGCUCGCUUUUCCUCUUCCCUGUACAAUUGUUGACAGAAGAUAGCUAUUUCCCUAUGCAAGGUUCAGUCUUAGAAAGAUUUCUUGCGGUGAUUUGUAUGAAGAAAAGAACGCUUGUCUUUUUCAGAGUCUUUCCAGUGAAACUUGGCAGUGUGCCGUGUGGGUGAGGGUUUGACUUGCAGACACGGAGAGAGGUCUCCCUUCACUGGUAUAGCUUCCUGCCCUGGAUUUCAUGGAAAACAUGCACAGCCGGGGCUGACUUCUGAUUUAUUGUGUUUUUAUUCCACAUUUCCUGCUUUGUCUCUAGAAUUUUUACCACGUAUAACGGUUUCCUUUAUAUGUAGUGGAAGUUACUAUUUGUAGGAACUGUCAGGUCAAAAUAUUUAACUGACUAUUCUGACUUAUAUUCUCUUUUUUCCUUGUUUUUGGUUUUUGGGGUUUUCUGCUUUAAAAUAUAUACCACUAUGUAUAUCCAGUUAACUGAGAGAAUUCUGAAUCUCUUAAGAAAACUGCAUUAAGUUUAUGGUUUUGUAGAAAUUAGCUUUUGUUUAGGCAACUAGUGGUUACACUGUGCAAAUAUUGUAAUGAGUUUUUACUUUUCUGAUUUUUGUAAUAAAAAUUGGUGAAGAUAAAGAAAACGUCAAAUGAACAAACCAAUGCUCUGAGAGUGUUACUAACAUUUUGUUUUUAAACUGUUUUUUGCGAAUUGAAUAAAAAACUCUCACACU